AUGGUCUCCACGCGACAUCAUCCCCGGGACUUCCCUCCCCCCACGACGCCUAGUUCCAAUGCUGUCGCGAAGUCGACUCCAUCGCCUACGACGUCUGGAAGCAGUCGCUCAAAAUGGGUUCACACGCCAUCAGCAGCGGUCACUAUUUGGCUGGUCUUCUCGAUCCCAUUAAUCUUCUGGGACGCCGGCUAUGUGCUUCUGCGACCGCAUAGCAUGCCCGGAGGCAAGCUACAUUCACCCAUCUGGACUCCUUAUGCGCUCUAUGGGACGAUCGACUAUAUAUACGGCUGGCCAGCGUUUAAUGCGCGCAAUGGAUUCACGGCCGCACAAACGGUGAUGAACUUGGUCGAGACUGCGGGGUAUCUGUAUUAUCUGUUCGUCGUCUACCGGUAUGGAACGAUCGUGACGAGCAGCGGUCGCGCAUCCAGGAAACAACAGAAAGGCCUGGUCUGGCUCUUGAAGGAGGACAAGUCUAUCGCUGGAAGGACAGGUGCCAUUGCGCUUCUAGUUGCCUUCAGUGCCUCCGUCAUGACUGUCAGCAAGACUGCCCUAUACUGGUUGAAUGAAGUGUUCUCGGGCUUCGAAAACAUCGGUCACAACAGCAUUGGUAUACUGAUCAUAUACUGGAUCGUGCCUAAUGGUCUCUGGCUCAUCUUCCCGAGCUACAACAUCUAUAUUCUUGGUGCUGAGAUCGUCAACUCCCUCGAGACGGCAACCGCACGCAGCAGAGGUCGGGCUAAGUCGACAUAA